CCAACUUAAAACCACAUCACUCCUUUCUACUCCAGCUGGAGGAGAACAGCCGACACAGAGCCGCACGGCUCCAGGAUUAUCCAGCAGGAUCCUCGGUAGUAAAAGCGCGCAGUGGAGAGGACGACAGCAUGGAGCGUAUGGAGUCCAUGGAGCCGAUCUCGGCGUGCUACACCACGGCUUACCCGGAGAUCCAGCCCGACAGCGGCUUCGGAUCCAGAGAGACCACCGACAGCCAGGCGAAGACCCCACCAGCUCCGACAUAUGACGAGGAAUUAGUGCACAAGACGAUCCUGGUCGGGGACAGUGGCGUGGGGAAGACGUCUCUGUUGGUGCAGUUCGACCAGGGAAAGUUCAUCCCCGGAUCCUUCUCUGCCACAGUGGGCAUCGGAUUCACGAAUAAAGUGGUGACUGUGGACGACGUAAAGGUCAAACUACAGAUUUGGGAUACCGCGGGACAGGAGAGGUUCAGGAGCGUGACACAUGCAUAUUACAGAGACGCACACGCCCUGCUCCUCCUGUACGACAUCACCAGCCGAUCAUCCUUUGACAACAUCAGGGCCUGGUUAACAGAGAUCCACGAGUAUGCGCAGAGCGACGUAGUCAUCAUGUUGCUGGGCAACAAGGCCGACAUGAGCGGUGAGAGAGCGAUCAGGAGAGACGAAGGAGAGAGGCUGGCCAGAGAAUAUUCAGUUCCCUUCAUGGAGACCAGUGCCAAGACUGGAGUGAACGUAGAGCUGGCCUUCACCGCCGUGGCCAAGGAGCUGAAGCACCGAGCCGUCCAGCACCCGAGUCAGCCCAAGUUCCAGAUCCACGAAUACAUCGAAGCACAGAAGGAGAAGUCAGGCUGCUGCAGCUACUUCUAGCCCUGAUCUAAACCCUCCUCUUCCUCCUCCUCCUCCUCCUCCUCCUCCUCCUCCCACCGCUCAGGGUGAACAGACUGUCCGAGACGCACCGGGGGCGACCGAGUGGGAGGAGGACGUCCCGUUAACUCACCGCUGUUCCCAAAAUAAGAUGCUGCCGUUCAUUCAAGACUGAAAACCAAACGUAGAUCAGAGGACAGACCAAACCACAGCAGGGUCCCCCGCCUCUUCAGAAUGACUCAUCAAAUCAUGUGAGAGUCCAGCCUUACAGUGCGCUGUUUGCUUUCUUUAUGAGAGUGAGAUGAGAGAGUGUUGAACACAGAGCUGGAGUCAGGACGUGGUUCUAGCUUAGCAUACAGACUGAAGGUAGGAGGACACAUCUGGUCCAGACCCCCCGUCAUCGAACCCCCCGAGAUGAACUGUUAAAAUACAGCAAAAUGCAAAACUUUAUACAAAUAGAUUUGUUCUUAAGUGACGUUAACGAGUUAUUUAAGAUCAGUUGUGUCAUUCUCUGGUUUGUUACACAGAUCUACGAAGGCUUUCAGGUUCGAACCUGUUUGAAUAAAAAAAACUAACAUGGCAGCUGAUUGGAUGAAACAUCUGUCAAUCAUAUGAGGUAGAAUUAAAGCGCCCAAGAGGAAACGCGACGCAACAACAAGCCAUAAUCAUGUCAUAGACACACUAAAACAAUACUCAUGACAAAGCCUAUUUACUCCCAAAAUAUCAAUAUAAAUUACCAUGAGCUCAUAUAGCCACUGAAUCCUUUGAAUCUUUUGUGGCAAACGUAAUUAUACAUAUUAUAUAUUAUAUACCCCCUGCUUAACGUACCCCGCCCCCAAUGUUGAAAGCAUUGCUAAAAACACACCUGACACCAGUAGUUAGCUUUAGAGGUGAUUCAUUCAUUGUAAUCUUGAAAUAUAAAAACAACAAGGUGUGACCCCCCCCCCCCUGCUUCCAGUCAUUAUGCUAAGCUAUGCUAACUGCCUGCUCUAGCUUUAAAGUUAGCUUAAACAUGUAAAGAUUGUAUAAAUUUUCUCAUCUAACGCUCAGCAAGAAAAGCAAAUGAGUCCAAAAUGUCAAACUGUUCCUUUAAGGAUCAUUUCGCACCACAUCAUAGCUGAUGCAAGAACAAUAAACAUCUGUAAACACAUAGUUUAGCCAAAGUGGAGGAUGUUGCUGAGCACCCACACAACCACUGAGAGUCUCUGCUGAAGCGUCCUGAGGGAAAAACCCAACGUUGCUGCAACCUUGUGUAUGAUGCAAUCUACCGACGGAUCCAGACAAAGGCCACACACUGUGUCAUGGAGGCAAUUCAAAGCCAAGUACAUGGACAAAAAGCCCCGUCUGUCUGCGGCCGAGUCAGACCGGUUCCCUCCUGACGAACUGCUCCUGAUGAUUGACGGCCGGCUGCUGUUGGAGAAGCUGAGGGACACGCCUGAGUUUCUGUUUGUGAACAUGCACAGGAAUGUGUCAGUGAUGAAAACAGAAAAAAAGUUUGGGUCUCCUGAAAUGUGUCUGUAGAGGAGGACCGCUGCAGGAGACGAGCUACCUGACUAUCACCCGCGGUUGGAUUUCUGAUUUCGUCCUUCAUUUAGGAAACACCGUUGUAUUUGUGAGUGAGUGACACUUGCUUUUCGACACGUUGGCUGCUUUACUUUCCUCCUAAAAACAUUGUAUAUUUUUGCUUUUAACAGCCUGAUUAUGAACUUCAGUUUAAAGCUCAGUUGCAUGUUUGCUGGAUUGCAUGCAUGUGCAGAGCCUCCCGAACAUACGAAACUCUAUUUAUAUUUGCAUCAAGAUGAACAUAGACAUAUGAACAACUAAUUAGCAUAUCUGACUAAAUCUGAACUCAAUUCUCAGGGUAAAUUUAGUUUUGAAACACCAGACCUAAUAUUAAAGCUGCAUUCGUUAGCAAACAGUUGCCAAUUUACACACAGACACACAGACACAUAAGCAUUUGUUGAAGUUGAAUCUCUGGCUGCCAAAUAAAUGUAAAUAUCUCUGUUUUGGUCUCCACCAACUCCUGAGAUACAAAUCUGGUUCUUUAGUUGCGCCGUGCUACACUCCUUUCACUAGCUAGUAACUAACUUUGCCAUAUGUUGUUGAUUUUUGCAGAAUUUUUUGGAUUAAAAAACGCUCAGACGCCCAAAACAAUUACUCAAAUAUUAAUUUGAUCCAUUGCUAAUGGAAAAAUAUUGAUGAGUGCAGCUUUAAAGCACGAAUGAUGUCACAACAGAGGUUUCAUGUUCAGGUUUUACUGUCACACAAGCAGGUUUAUGAACUUCUGUUUGAUAAACAGUAUGCAAUGCAAAUAUUUCAUAUUGAUUAAUUAUUGUAUGCUCUGAGUCAGCUCAGGUCUAAUACAGUUUAUAAUCUAAUAUUAUUCAGAUUGUGGCCAUUAGAGUCUCUACACACUGAGCAGUUGUGUGUGUUCAGACCAAGCUGAUGACGGUUGUCUUUGAUGUGUUGUAUGCUGCAUAAAAAAUAAAGUAUUUUUAACUGAA